GCUUAUCCUUGGUUAAACCUUUGCGGUCGUCGGAAGGUGUUCAUGAGUUUGUACCCAUUUUUAAAUAAUAGAUCAAUUAAAGUCGACAAAACGUGAUUAGUUUAUUAUGUUAGUGAAAGACGGGCACGCACAGAUAGGUCAAUACUUUAAUUCUAAACUAAAUGGAAUUUUAGUCAUAACAAUAAAAAAUCAUCGAAUUAUAAUAAAAUCAAAAUUGUUAUUAAAUCAGUUUCGAUUAGUGUGGUAGCUGUAAAACAAUUGCAAUGGUGUUUAAAGGUACAUUCUUUGGGGUGAGGCAUGUUCAAAUAUUUUUACUUUUUUGGUUAUGCCUGAUGACAUAUGCCUUGAGAUUCAACUUAUCUGUAGCAAUAGUUGCCAUGACGCAAAGGACCUCAGUCAAUACUGAUGUACCGUAUUACAAUUGGACAAACCAAUAUAUAGUCCUUUCAGCUUUCUUCUUGGGAUACAUUAUUCCACAGAUCCCCUCCUCACUCUUAGCCAGAAAAUGGGGAAUCCAUAGAAUGAUGUCGAUAACCAUUGUUAUCAGUGCAUUCAUGGUGAUUCUGAUACCAAAAAUGGCUGAAUAUUUUGGAGCAGAGGGCGUAAUGGUCUGUAGAGUAGUUCAGGGACUAGCACAAGGCUUUUUUUAUCCAUUAUUGUCAGCUCUAAUGGGAAGAUGGGUGCCAAUUGAAGAGAGAGCCAGAGUUAGCGCUGUCACUUCUGCAGGUGCAACUCUUGGAGUGAUACUGACUUAUUCCCUCACCGGAUUCCUAUCAAAAUCAUCUUUGGGCUGGCCCAUGAGUUUUUAUAUAUUUGGUGUCUUUGGAUUAGUUUGCUCCAUUGCGUACAUCUUUAUAGGAAGUGAAGGUCCUAGUUACUGCAAAAAUAUCUCCAAAGAAGAGAGAAUCUAUAUAGAGAAGUCUUUGGGAACAGAGAAUAUGACAAGAAAUUCAAAGAUACCUUGGAUAGAAAUCCUCACGUCUGUGCCAUUCUGGGCAAUAACUUUAACAAGUUUAGGACAAGGAUGGGGAACUUCCACCGUCAUGUCAAUGAUGCCCACUUACUUUGAUAAAGUGCUCAAGUUUGAUAUUAGUUCGAACGGAGUUUUAUCAUCGUUGCCUUAUAUAAACAGAUUUGUAUGCGUAUUUAUUUGGGGAAUUUCGGCAGAUUAUAUAACUAAGCGGAAAUGUUUGUCAUUGACAAAUACCCGGAAGUUGUUUACUGUAAUCGGUAGUGUUGGCAUGGGCAUAUUACUCUUCUUAAUCGGAUUUCUACCAGAAACCACUAACAGGUACGUGGUGGUUGUUAUUCUAAUAGCUUCAGAAGGAUUCCAUGUAGCUAACUCUGCUGGAUAUAACAUAAGUCACAUUGACUUGUCCCCAAAUUUUGCCGGUACCCUUAUGGGUCUAAUCAAUUUUGCUGAAGAGAUUUUUUCAUUGAUCACACCCCUAUCCGUUCAGUAUAUUGUUACAGAUGAGACCGACAGACAUCAGUGGAAAAUAAUCAUUACUAUCGGUACUUGCAUGAUGGUAGCUGCCAGUGCAAUCUUCUGUUUAUUUUCUACAGCGGAAAAACAACCCUGGAAUGAAAUUAAAUCUGAUGAUGAAAAAAUCAAAGAGGAAGUAAAUGAAAAAGCGGUUUAAAAAAUCCGACUACGGAUUUUUUAUUUACUGUAUUUGUAGUUUUGUAAAUAAAUAUUUUUAUAAAAUA